CCUGGAGAAGACAGGGAAAGACAGAAGUGAGGAACUGAGACACCACCCUUUUCUCCUAGAUUAAUGGACAGAUCUGUCCAGCAAACACAAGCCUCCCACCUCUCCACUCUGAAGCUCCAAACUCGACAAAAAGGGGUGCUGUGUUUACUGGGCUGGGUCCUGUCAUGUCACCUCUUAGAGCCCCAUAACCACUCAAAAGGAACCGGACGACGCCUUCCACGCUCCUGAAAGCCCAGUUUGCCUCCCUCCCCCGCUGACCUCCACUGUCCUCCCAAGAUUAACCUCUUCCUCCACGCUCCAUGUAUCAAAGUCCCCCAACCGCCGUCUCCCCUACCCCCCAAAAAGGGCCUCCAAAAAGGGCCCCAUCUGAGUCUCCUCCACCGUCCUCUGCCCCCUCUCGCCCGCAAUCUCCGCACAAGCCCCUAGGCAGACCCCAGUGGCUCCCUUUGCAGAACCUCCCCCCGCCCCCAAGGCCUUGCCCAUCCCUAUGGCUCCGCUCCAGCAUCCCUGGGGCCGCUACGCCCCUCGCACGCCCGGCCGAGCCCUUUCCCCGGCCCGGUCACCCAGAUGGGUCCCCAAACCUACCAGCUCCUCAGAUUCUCUCCCUCCCUCGUCCUCCGCGGGCCCCCGGAGCGCCGCCCUGGCCCCACCCAGCCCUCCAGCCUCGGCCCGAGCCCGCUCUUUACCCGCCACAGCCCGAAGCCCAGGGCCGGCGCCGCCGCGCUGGCCACCGCCACCUCCUCCAGAAGCCUCGCGCCCCUGCCGCCGCGACGCGCCUGCGCCGACGUCACCGCGCCCGCCAGUGCCCACCCCCGGGAAACGAACCCCGCCGCCUAUUGGCCGGUCCGCCCGCUGCCCGUGCCGCACCUCGACGUCCCGCCCCCAGCUGCCUUUUCGGCACCCACACCCGGAUGCAGCCUCACCAUUGGCUGAACACUCGCCAUCCCUGACUUCAUUGGCUGCAGUCGACGCUAGCCAAGCGGACGGAAAAAAGGCCGACUUCCGGUCCCUUCAUCGCCCCGCCCGCCUCUCCUCUGACCCUGGUGCUGAAGCUGCGAGAAGCGAAGCUGAAGCCCUGCAUCCCGCUUCCUGCCUUCCUGGAGCACCGGUUGGGCGAAUGGAUGGCUCACCUGUGGCUGAGCGCGCAUAG